AUGUUGCUUUUUGAAGAGCUGCCGGGAUUCCUCUCCGUUAUACUUAACCUGCACGUGAAUUUUGACUCGGUUUAUGUACAAAAAGAAGCAGUGAACUUCAGUUCACUGAAUCCGCUUGGCGACUGCCCCGGAUCACUCAACGGAGGCAUGAGGGCUCCAAGCAAAUGCCUUGUUGUUGUUCAGGAAUGGUGGGGUAUGAAUGAACAAAUCAAGGAACAAGCGAGGCAUAUAGGCGAACUGGGCAAUUUUGUAACCAUGGUUCCUGAUUUGUACAGAGGAAGGGUUGCCAGAAACUUUACAGAAGCUUUGCAUAUCACUCGUGGCCUGGAUUAUCCAGGUGAGUUUCUACUAACAGCAACUUAAAGUUUCUGUGUAUGGUGUAAAAAACAUUCAAAGUUAUCCUGGACAACCAGCGAUAUAGAAUUUGUUCUUAAUGAUACUUUAGGAGUUUUUAGUUUAGUCAGGAGCCUUCGAGGGUUACGGGCUCCUAGUCAGUAUAAUAGAUAUUUUGAAUGUUUUUUAAAUCUUGAUUAAAGCAGCAUGAUUCUUCUAGCGUUUGCCAGUGUUCUAUCUGCUACCACUACUCUUUGUCUCCAGUUUGUCUAAUUUCUUAUCUGAGUAGGCUGCAUACUUUGUCAACCAGCAAGAGAUUCAGCAGGGUUGGCAGUUUUGUUCGCUGUUAGGUCGUUUCUUGAAUGCUAUUACAUAACUACACUACGAGCAGUCUCUCGAACGCGCGUGGAAAUUGUCACGCGUGUCUCUUCCCCGUGUGUGUUGCUCACUUGUACAUGUAAUUAGCUUUCGAUAGCUUGCAUUGUUGUUUUGUCGGUUUAUGGUAACAACUCAAUGAAACAAAAUCUUUGUUUUAAUUCAUUUCCCCACCAACGGCUGAACAGUUCAGUUUCAUUAGAAACUAAACCUUUCCAACUCAUUCAACUUUUUAUUACUCGUUUACUUCAUGUUGCUCUACUGCUUUGAUUUUUGAGUCGUUAUGUCGAAACUGACAAGUCACGCGAGAUGCUCCUACGUGUGUUACGUCAUAAACCCCGGGCAUAUGGUAGAAUAAGGCGUGUCAAUAUAAAUUUCUAGAUUUCCCUGUUAAAUCACAAAUAUGGGAUCAAAACAGCUCGUAUUUUGGCGAAGGUCAAGAACUCGGGAGCGGUCAAACAAAGUCCUGGAGCGAGGGUGAAAACGAAGUGUAAGACUUUGCGCGAAAAUCUCAUCGGUUGCCUUUAGUAAACAAUUGCUGUUGAGGAAAAAGCGGCUGUCUUGCAUUCUAUGAAACAGCGAUUUAAUGUGCAAGUUGAUUUUGUCUACAACUUUGACGAUGACAAGAGGCCUCUUGAUCGCAGGUUAGCAAAGGUUGUAGCGUACAGCAUAGCUUUAGCCUGCGUAUACAGCUUUCUUUUCGUGCUCCUCAGCGCUACGGACGUUUCACGAGAGAGACGACCAUUUUUUCCCGCGAAUUGCCCUAGCGGCCGAGAAGUGACAAGAGACGGUUGUAUUCGUAGGUUACGACCCCUUUCCUCAGUUUGUAUUACGAACUGUAUACACGUGGUUCAUUUUUGUUUUUUCGCAGGAGCAAUCCAAGAUAUCAAGGCAGCAGCGCAGUUUCUUCUCAAAUCAGGCUGCAAGAAAGUUGGCGUCACAGGUUUCUGCAUGGGAGGUGCCCUGUCUUUGGCAGCGGCUGCCCUUGUUCCAGAAAUCUCGGCUGCCGCCCCGUUUUAUGGCAUCCCCGAUAUAUCGUUAGCUAACGUGUCUACAAUCAAGAUUCCUGUUCAGUGCCACUUUGGUAAAAACGACUCGUCUAACACAGCUAAUCCCGUAGAGUACAUGAAACUUGAGCAGAAAUUGAAAGCAGGAGGGGUGGAUUAUGAAUUUUACGAGUACGAUGCAGGCCACGCUUUCACAAAUCCACAAAGUAGAUAUUAUAACAAGGCGAUAGCCGAGUUGUCUGUGGGAAGAAUGAUCGAAUUCAUGAACAAGCAUUUAGCGGUUGGAGAAGAGGAAAAGCUUUCAGUCGAGAGUGACCAACCAGGAACCUAG